AUGAGUGAUAUGGCCCGCUGGCUCGCAGCAGCCACUGCUCGCGCGCCUCAGCCGCACAGCUGCUCCCCGCUGCCGGCGGCGGGCGCGUCGGGCCCGCGGCUGCUGCUGCAGCUGGGCCGGCUGAUCGUGCGCGCGCGCUCGCCCGCCGCGCGCCGCCCGCGCCCGCUGCACGCCAAGCCGGCUAGCAGCCACUGCUCGCGCGCGCCUCAGACGCACAGCUGCUCCCCGCUGCCGGCGGCGGGCGCGUCGGGCCCGCGGCUGCUGCUGCAGCUGGGCCGGCUGAUCGUGCGCGCGCGCUCGCCCGCCGCGCGCCGCCCGCGCCCGCUGCACGCCAAGAGCCAGGCCAGGGAGCCCAGCGUGCAGGUCCAGCAAACCCAGCCAAAACUAGAGACUGAGGAGCCGAAGCUAGGUGGCGUGGAGGCCCAGCUCGACAACCACGUGCAGGCGUUGUGGAACGAUCAGAUCCCCAUCUGCAUUGAAGUACUGCUAGCUCCCGACUGCCCGGACUGUCUAGCGUCGAUCAGCAAGCCGGAAGGGGAGAGCACGUUCGACAAACAGCACACACAGCAACGGGCCAUGCUGCUGGAAAGGUGGACCAUACAAGCGCUGCCGAACAAACCCCACGACGGACCAGCGUUCAUCACAUCACAAUGGCUGCUGAACGCGGUCCGCUCACAACUCCACUUUUCGCAGCUGUCCGCGUGGCUCGCGCGCCUCCAGAAGACAGAGGAGGACCCCAGCGAGCGCAGACGAAAGCUAAGCCGCGAAUCGUGCAACUACAAGAAAGUCGAGGCUAACUGUGACGAGGAGGAGUUGGCCGAUGAGAAACGCCAACUGAACAUCGUCUACUCCAUCAAGAUCCCUGGCGAGAGUUACAAAAUGGCGGAGUUCUCCAAACCACCAACAGACCACAACUUCCCCAUCUCAGACAUAGGGGAUAACGUGUACCUCAAAGUGGUUCUGGAGAGUCUCCCACGAAUAGAUGAUAUUCCCACAGUCAAAUGUACCUGCCACAGGAAAGAGCCCGUCGGUCCCGAGGAUCUUACGGGGAAGUUAAAUGAUCUCACAUUAGGUCCUAGGUGUUCCAAGUUUCCGUCCGAUCACGCCGUCAACUCCAACAUCGGCACUACCUCCCGAAGGCUGUCAAUCGUCUCCAAUCCAGGUUCGACAGAGUUCCUCAUAUCCUCAGACGAAAAGGAGAAGAAGGAUUUGGUCGAUGAUCGAAUGCACACUCCAUGCAGCGAGAACGGGAAACACAAAUGCAGCUGCGACGACGAAUCGGACGGCAAAGACAAUCAUAGAUCUUCCACUAGUUUAAGUCAGGAGCCGAAGAAACUGGACGAGCGGCGGCUGAAGGAGAUAGCUAAAUACAAAAGGCGUUUGCGGAAAGAGAGCAAGAUGAAAAAGCUCUCCGACAGUACGUCUUCGGAGGGCGAUAGUCAGCAAAAAGUUAAGGAAACACACACCUCGAUUCCGAUUCUGCAGGCGGCGAGAUUCGACCGGCUCCGAGCGAUCGGAUGCUACAGAAACCAAACGUAUUUGACAUUGCCUGCCAGUCGGAUCGAGACCAAAUCCCCUUUCGUUGAAGCAGUGAGCAUACCACCGCCGGAAUUCAAAAAGACCAGCACAGUUGGGACCCAAACUGAGGAUUUCUCUUGCCAGUGCGGUCUUCCUUUACAAGUGGCUUGCUCCAACUGUACCCAGAGUCGUUUAGUCCGCUCUGGUGGUUCGUACGAUCUCGCUGCUAUCUCCGAGCCGAAUGGCGCCCGCCGAAAAUGCGAGGACGAGGGCAACCCCCUCAAAAAGCACAAAUGUGAUAUAAAUAGCAGUAAUUCUACGUGUGAUAUAAAAUUAAAUGAUAUAGUAGUUGAUAGUUCUAUAGUUAGUGAUGACGUGGUUAAACGACCGAAACUCCGUCGGUUCUUCCCGAUCGUGGGCCGGCUGGAGAAGAUAGUUUCCGAUAGGUUCUCUCAGAAUGCUGAAAGGGAUAUGGAGGAGUUGCAUUUGAAGACUGAUGAUACAGUGUUUUCUCAGCCUCAGCGGCCGGAAUCUAAGCGCCAGAAGACGUUUUCGAUCAGCGAAGACGAUUAUGUGUUGUACGAAAAGUGUGACUAUGGGACGAUUGAUAAGUGCGAGGAGUUGUCUUCGCCGAAAGACGAGAGCGGGUUCAAAUUCCCUGAUCCGAAAAGGAAUCAGGACGCGUUGAUUCCUUCUCCGAGUGAGAUGGACCGGUUCCGGUGGCGUUUCGAUUCGGCUGCGUCCAUGGUGUUUCACACGAAAACUGGGCUCCCUUUGACAUCGAGUCCAGCGCCUUUGAGGCGAGGGAACAAUUGCUUCGAUUUUGACGACUCGAUCAACGGAAUUUCCGGUAUUAAAAGCGCGUUAUUCCACCCGAUCUCGCCGCCGUCCCCCCUCCCCGCGUCCCCCGCGUCCCCCGCGCCGCGGUCGCCGCCGCCCGCGCCGCCGCCCCGGAGGAAGGAGGAGCCGCCCAAGCUGAGGAUCGGCCCGAGCACUGGGCUGUUGGGCAGCUUCGAGGAAUCCGCCCUAAAAGGCCGCCUAGAGCCGGUAGCCACUGUCGCAGGCUUCACGGCUGAGUUGGGCGCUUCCGGCGCCUUCUGCCCGCCGCACCGCCGACUUCCGGUCACCGUGUUCUUCUAUGCUCCAGGAGGCACCAAUGCGCCUUAUAUGGGCCACAUAAACCUGGGUCCCCACGGGUACCGGGUCGCCCGUUCCGGCACCAUCCAGGUGUCCCUCUUCAACCCUCACGGGACACUGGUCAAGAUGUUUGUAGUGCUGUACGACUUGACAGCGAUGCCUCCCGCCGCGCGAACGUUCCUGCGACAGCGAACGCUGUACAUGCCUGCCGGCGCUGACCCGCCUGCUAGAUACGCGCAUAAAUGGCUGCGGUACCUUAUACACCUGAGAUUCAUGACGUCGAAAUCCGGCAAACUGUACCUCCACACAGACAUACGAAUCAUAGUGUCAAGGAAAGCGGAUCUGGACACAGCGACCGCUCACUCGCUGUUCCGGCCCAUAGCGAAUGGCGACAGCGAGAAGAACAGCGAAGAGAAAGACUCAAACAGCGGGAGCGAUCAGAAAAGAUCUCCGAACCGCGUUUUCGGCGGUUCAAGCGAAUUUGAUUCCGAAGUGAAGGGCAUGAGGGAGAUUGGGUACGAAAACCAAAAUGGCGUCUCGUACGAGCUAAGGAGUUUUACGUACGCUCCAGAAAACCCUAAGUAUUCGCCGCGAUAGGCUGUUAUGUGUAUCCAUGAGAAAAUAUAUUUUUGGUUUUAUAUA